AUGGACGGCUAUGAUCAUUUAUUCAAGCUUUUAUUGAUUGGAGAUGCUGGUGUUGGCAAAAGCAGUAUGUUGCUUCGGUUCACGGACGACACGUUCGACGAUAAUUUGCAGAGCACCAUUGGUGUAGAUUUCAAGGUCAAGAUGAUGCAAGUGGACGGCAAAAAGAUCAAAAUGACAAUCUGGGACACUGCUGGUCAGGAGCGUUUCCGCACGCUGACUAGCUCGUAUUAUAGAGGUGCACAGGGCAUUGUCUUGGUGUAUGACGUUGCUCGACGAGACACGUUUGAGAAUCUGGACUUGUGGCUGCAGGAAGUGGAGGUGUACAGUCCAGCCGGUGGACGUGAUGUAGUAAAGCUUCUUGUGGGCAACAAGAUUGAUAAGGAAAGAGUUGUGAGUCGCCGGGAGGCCGAAGAUUGGGCGCGGUCAAAAGGCAUGUUGUUUGUUGAAAGCAGUGCAAAGACCAAAAUUGGCAUCCAGCAAGUGUUUAAUGAAGUAGUGCAAAAGAUCCUGGAGAAUCCUGCACUAUUGUGCAACACGGCCCCGCGCAGUCGCGGAAGGAAGCUGGAUGGCAAGGCGGUGGAGAAGAGUGGUGCCAGUGGCAGCGGCUGCUGUUAG